AUGGAGGUUGAAGGCGUUUCAUUCUCUUCUGUAGUUGCACCACUUGGAUCUACCAAGCAACUUAUCCUGGGAGGAGCAGGUGUUAGAGGGCUGGAGAUAGACGGCAAGUUUGUUGUAUUUACAGCAAUCGGCAUUUAUCUGGAAGACGACAUCAUUCCCCACCUUGCUCUCAAAUGGAAAAACAAGACGGCAGAGGAGUUGGAGAAGUCCGAGGACUUCUUCAUGGAGAUUGUUACUUGCCCCUACGAGAAACACACGAGAGUGACUCUCGUCUUACCGCUUUCUGGAAGUGAGUACUCUGAAAAAGUAUCCGAGGGCUGCAAGGCCGCAUGGGAAGCUGCAGGAAUAUAUGGUGAAGAAGAAGCCCAGGCGCUUGAGAAAUUUAAGGCCGUUUUCAAGGACCAGAGUUUUCAACCUGGUUCUUCCAUUCAAUUUACAAAUUCAUCUAACGGCCUUGUGAUUGAAUUCUCCAAAGAUGGUUCCAUCCCUGAUAAAGCUGCAGCUGUGAUAGAGAACAGUGUCCUGGCCCAAGGGAUUCUCGCCUCCAUUAUAGGGAAAAGUGGUGUAUAUCCUGCCGCUAAAGCUUCAAUUGCACAACGAAUGUCUAAAUUGUAUUUUUUAGAGGAGGAUCGUUUGGCUUAUGUACUUUCUGGAAUAGAGGUGGAGGGCAUCCCAUUUUGUGCUACAGUUCGGCCUCUGGGCUCCACAAAGGAACUCAUACUUGGAGGAGCUGUGUUCCAUGAAGUUUCUUGGUUGGAGAAUGUGGGGAUAGGGAAUGGGUUUCGGGCAGGUCUAGGGUCUAAGUUUGGAACAGCAGGGGAGGAUGGCUUUUGGAACAUUGGGAGCAAAGUGCAAAUCAAGAAUAAGUAUAAGAAUUCAAAAUGA